UAAUAUAUAAAAUCUUGUUUUAUUAGCUAAUAAUAGUUACAUUUAGUUAAUUUGUGUGAUUAUGAAGUUUUUAAUAUUAUUGUCUUUACUCUAUAUUAGUUGUAAUGCUUUCCCAAAGCUGCACAACAUUAACGAGUUUAACGGAACCAAUUGGGUUGUAUUAACUGCCGGUUCUAAUAGUUGGAGCAAUUAUAGACAUCAGGCUGAUGUAUAUCAUGCCUACCAAGUUGUUAGGUCUCAUGGAAUUCCCGAUGAAAAUAUCAUUGUUUUCCAUUACGACGAUAUCGCACACAACAAAGUCAACCCAACGCCUGGUAUUGUCAUUAACAGACCCGAAGGCUCUGAUGUAUAUAAAGGUGUUCCUAAAGAUUAUACGGGAGAGGAGGUCACACCUGAGAAUUUCUUAAAAGUGUUGAGCGGUGACAAAGAAUUGGCAGCUUUGGGUAAAAAAGUAGUCAAUAGUGGACCUAAUGAUCAUAUAUUUGUUUUCUUUGACGACCAUGGUGCUCCAGACCUAGUUGCUUUUCCACAUAAAUACUUGUAUGGAGAAGCAUUAGCCAAUACAUUGAAGUCUAUGCACGAAAAUAAACGAUACUCUAAACUUGUGUUUUACAUUGAAGCGUGUGAAUCGGGAUCAAUGUUCAACAAAUUGUUACCUAAAGAUAUCAAUAUUUAUGCCACCACUGCUUCGUCACCAACUGAACCCAGUUAUACAAAAUAUUGGUCCGAAAAAUACGGGACAGCAUUGGGUGAUGAGUAUAGUGUCGGUUGGAUUCAAAACAGUGAGGAACACGACCUCUCAAAGUAUACAUUACAAGAACAAUACGAAUACACUAAGGCCUGGACUAAGAUGUCACACGUCCAACAAUAUGGCGAUCUCUCAAUUGCACAGUUACCUGUCGGACAAUUUCUUGGUCAUAAAAAAUCGUCAAAAUUAUCUCAAUCGUCUAUUGGUAUGUCAUGGGAUCAAAGCAAUAAUAAUGACGCACACGUUAUGGCAGCUUUGAAAAGUAAUACUGAAGAGUUUGAACGUAUAGUAAACGGCCGACAAUUUUUUGAUCAACAUUUGACUGAAUACCUGAAUAUAAUUAAUUAUUUGCGAAACACUGAUUCAUAUGAUUUGCUUAAUACUCGACUGGAACUCAACAAUAGAGUCUGUUAUCACAAAUUUGUCGAUACUUUGAAUGACAACUGCCUUAACAUCGCUCAUAAUUCCUAUGUAUUGAGUAAACUCUAUACCUUUGUUAACAUUUGCGAGGAAUUUGAUGAAAGAAGUAGUAGUGAAGCACUCAAUCAUUUGGUGCAAUACUGUCAACAAAAUCAACUCAACGCUUAUCCAACAAAUAUUGUUUAAUUGCAUUACAAUAUAUUAUUUUAUAAUAAAAACUUAAUUAGUUUAAU